AUGCUGUUUUCGGCGUGUUUGCACAUUCCGAUGAUGCUGCAAAGCACUUGGAAGUUAGAAGGAGGAGUGUACACGAUCGUCAACAAUGUAUCCAUGCUUUGCAGGUAGGGCUCUUUUUAUAUCUUGCUUUGUCUGAAUACGAAAAUCGUCUGUAUCAUCUUCAUAUCAUAAAAGUGGAGACUUUUUGCUUCUGAUCGAGUCAGUUUCAGGGAGCCGCAAUGGACCAUAUACAGCUACUAUAAACUGACUCGGGAGUGCUUCCGAUUUUUUUGUGUUGUGAUGAUGACGGCAUUGAAUGUCAUCAUCGCUCGCAAACUUCAAAUCACAAAGGUCUGAAGGUCUUACAAACUUCCCAAACACCUUUUUUUUCAGAUGAGACGUCGUCGAUUGGUACGGCGAUCGUCUCCUCUCUGUGAGAAUGAGAAGACAAAAAACAACACCAACUGUAAUAGUUCUAGCCCUGAACCCUUAACCAACAAUACUGCGGUCAGCAGUACUCGGUAUUUCAUAUCCAGUUGGUGGAAACAAAAAAUAAUUAUUUUCUAGCAAAGAAUACACGAGCUUGAUUAAAAGCUUUACGGAAAAGAAACUCACGGUGCUGAUGAUAGCAAUCUGUUUUAUUUUCAUCCUUGGCAACGUUCCUCAGAUGAUUGUCAUGGUACUUCAAAACGAAGCAAUGGAGCAUGUUUUCGGAUUUCAGGUGAGUUUUAUCCUUCUUCAGAGGACCGUACUCAAAAAAAUACCCAAUAGCAAAAAUCGGAUUAGAUCAGAAUAUUCUUACUUUGAAACAUUUUUACCCCUCCCGUUGAACUUUUUGAUGAAAAAUUUGCUGAAAUGUACUCUAGGACCUUCUGAUUGCAGAACAAGGAGAACAUUUCUUGUAAUAGAUCUUUUUUUCCUAGUUAUGGAGCUUCAAAGUCCGCAAAAUACGUUAAUUAGAUCAAAAUGCGUUAUUUUAAGCUCUUGAAGCGUUCUAACUUGGAAACCAGAUAUAUUUCAAGAAACUUUUUUUUGUGUGCUGCAAUAAGGAGGUCCUAAAGUAUACUUCAGCGGAGUUUCAUCAAAAUUUCAACCGGAAGUGGGGGGUAAAAAAAGUUUCCUAGUUGAUAAUCAUUUGUAGGGUUUCAAAAUUGAAAACUUGACUUUAAAAAAAUUUUUUUAUAGGUUUAUCGCUACUGUUCCAACCUCCUCGAAGUGAUGAACCACUGUUUGAACUUCUACGUUUUCUGCAUGGCUAGCAGUGAAUACACGAGAGCUUUCCUACUGAACUGCAUGUGUUUGCGGAAUAUUCUCUUACGGUUCCCAGCAAUUGCCGACUUCAUCUCUGCCCGCCGGUCCAGCAGGUCUUGAUAUCUUUUCUCGCUUUUUUAUAUAGAGUAUUCAGUUUUCUCGCAACUAGUUCCGGGAUAGGAAUGCAGAAUCGCGAGUACAUGAGCAUGGAAUCGCUUCAAGACGACGCCACUCGAUGGGAGCUCCGCAAUGGUUUUUUCUUCAGAUUCAUUCUAAAUAUUCUCUAGUUUAAGGGGACGUCAAGCCAUACCUCAACGGCGGAGAAGCCACUAACCUGAAAGGGAUCCUUAUAACUGGUAACAGAGAAAAUCGUCAGAAAAAGAACCUCACCAUCGUUAAUCACCUCACAUUGACUGUUGAGAACGCAGAAGAGACCGAAAACUUAUAGUUCAAUAUUAUCCGUUUCCUUAAAUUUUUACUUUUUCCGAUGCUCAAUCUACGGGAUAAUUUUAUAAUUAGAAAUUCAGCUUUGUAUAUUGGGCUUUAAUCUUUAGAGUUUGUAAAUUCAUCCAAGACAUGUAAUUUUUGCAUUUUUCGAUUUGUUGACUGAGAGCUACGCUGCCUUUCAUGACAUAUCAUCAUGAAGACCGAAAUUCACAGAGCUUUAAUGAUCUCCUGGUUCAUUUUGUACAUAACCAUCAUCACCCGACUUUCGUGUUGUAUGAAUUUUUUUCAAAGUCACCUUUUUUCUAAUUAUUUUUUUGUGAUAACACCAAAAUAAAAAUGGAUUUACUUCUCCAGUAAGUUGAUUCAAUGCAAAACGUAAGUUUGUGUGAUUUUUCUGAAUCCUAGCCAAUGAGACAUGUCCUUAAAUUUCCUAACCCUUAGAAUUUUUUUAAAAAAAUCACCCGCUGAAUAAUAAAGUUCUACUAAAAAAAUAACUUCAUAAUGGGAAAUAUGGACUUUUUUUGAGUCAUUCAAUUUUUCGAGCGUUGGUAGAAUGAAAGAUUUGUGAAAUAUUUUUGUUUUUUUAUAAGGUUUUUCGUGCUCAUUUCCUAUUUUUCAUUUUUAAAAAAACACUUCUUUUUCUUUUUAAUUAUAAACCUACUGAUCAUCAACGUUUGUUUACACUUUGCUAUCAGCUGCAACAUGAAGCUACCACGCACUUUAUCAGCAAAUCGAUAGAAUGAUAAUUUGGAAUGGGGCUCAUUUUCACUAUUUGUUCACCUCGUUCUUCUUUCUUCUCCGUGUAUAAAAAUUGAGUCUUCAGCAAAAUGUCUAUGUUCGGCAAAGACAAGGCGCUCUUCGAUCAAGAGAAUCAGUCUUUCCAAAGGUAUAACCAGUGGGGAAGUGACUAUAAUACCAGUCCACCAAAAUAUAACGGAGCCGCAGUCACCAAUGGAGCAACUCAAAAUGUAACGAAGGCGAGGCAAAUGGAACUUCGGGUUGGUCGUCAUUUUCAGAAGUUUCUUGUUAUCCGACAAGGAAGGUCAUUUCAGUCUGCGGUUCCUGAAAACUGGCUAGAACACUUUUUGAUUUACCAGAAAAAGAGUCUGGAAUUCUGAACUUGCAAAAGUUCAUAAUUUUCGAGAAACAAGGGCUCAAAGCCUCGAAAUGACCUAACGAGUUUUUAGUGUUUCCUUUGACUUUAAGGUGUCCUUUCUCGAAAACUAGGAAGUUUUGCAAGUUAGAUUAUUCAGAAUCUGGUUUAUUAAGAAGUGUUUCGACCAAUCUUCAAGAAAUUUCCAACAGCAAGGUUACAUGACCUCCCUUGUGAGUAAUUGUUCAAAAUUUUUCCAGAAUUCAAAAAUGAUCUUUUUUUCGCCUUGAGUACACUAUGUAAUAGACUUAAAAAAGAUUUUGAAAAAUGGCUACGUCUGCCGAGUUUUUUUUUCAGAACCAUGUUUUCAGCAAUAUUCCCUAUGAUUUUUUUUCGAUUUUACCUUUUGUAGAAAGAAUUGAUCAUAUGAUAGAUUUUCGGGCUAUCUUUGUUUUUUUGUGACUCAAAGUUUCAUCGUAUGCUUCCCGAAAAGUUCCAGAUCUUCAAGGCCUCUGCCCUUUCAGAAGAAAAAUAUAGAGAUAUUCGAAAUUUUAGAGUACUAAAUGAAAAAAUCAAAUGGUGUCUAAUAGAAGGACGUUUUCUAUUGUCUCAAAACGAGAAGUUCACAUAAAUUUUCUUCAAAUUAAAUUGAAUAUUUCUAGACUGUCGAAAAAGAGCCGAUAGAAUGUACACCCAAUAUGUUGGCUCAUCCGAUGGCAUUGUUACGAUGGUUUGAACUUGUGAGUAUUCUCAUUCAUCGAUUUUUUUCGACUCCUAAUUUCGUAAAAUCUUUCAUAGAUGAACUUUUCAGGCUUUAUUUUUCCUUCUCCAAUGGCUUGUUCAAAUCACCUGCGGCGGAGACGCCUGCACAAUGAUUAUGAACGUUUUUGGAUACACAGCCAUGGGACAGGUUUAUUCCGAUUCUUAGACUCUAUUCUAUUUUGUCAAAUAUUCAGCUCUUUGUCUUGUUAAUCUUCCUGUUGCUCUCGAUUAUCUGCACACUUAUCCUGAUUGGCUAUGGACUGAAUGCCCACAAAGCGUUGGGUGGGGCGAUCCUUGCAGUGGUUUGAUCGUAGCAAAGCUUUUCAAGAGAUAAAUUGAUAUGCCAGGAGAGGAUUUACGCUAUUCUGGGAAUUCUUCUCAUGUUCGUGGCCGGCAUUCUUGGUACUUGGAUGGCUGUGUUGACCAGAGACCCUGAGGUACCUAACUAAAAUAAAUUGGAAACUUUCAAGGAAGCUUUUUAAAUAAUUGUAUCCUAUUUUGUUUCUGUCUUUGAUUCAAAAUGAGACAUCAUGUUAGUUAAAAAUAACUUUAUUUGAAUAAUAUUUUUGGUUUUCAAGCUUCAAGAGAGCGAAUCCGAUUUUUUAAUUGGGUUCUCAGUAACUUGCAGUUCUGGGUCUUAUCGAGGGGUAUUUUAAGUUUGAGCAAUGGGGUCCAAUUUUUGGCAAAUCAACCUUUUUAACAUAGAUAGCGGAAACGUUUCAAGAUCUGACUUUUGACAUUUUCUUAAAAAUGAAAAGACCAAAAUCAGCGUGUCUCUAAUUUUUUUUAUAUUCACUAACAGUAUACAGUGAAUUAUCGGAAAUUUGAAAGCCUAAAGCGGAGGAGGAAAACUAAAUUUUUCUUAGCAAUGCUUAAAGGAAACUUUCUGGAAAAUGUCUCAUUCCAUGCUGAGAAAUAUUCCGCUUUAAAAGUUAUACUUGCAAGUCAACCUCUACACAAAACCCUGUCGGAAAUUUUAGCUGCUAAAAAUAACUGGCCCUACGGUAGAGACAAAAAGAAACAAGACGCUCUCCAAUUCUAUAACCCAAAUUUCAUAGAAUGCCACUUCUGAUUACUAACACGAGUAACUGAUUGAAAACAGUGUUUGGCUGGCAAUAGGGCGUCUUAUUAAGGUCAACUACCAAGGCCGUGGACACGGACACAUCCGUGGUCAAUGGAUCGCUGCAGCUGUGAGCUUUGGUCAGAAAAAAAGAGUUAUUCUACUUUUUCAGGUUAUCGAGUUCUUGAUGGCCUUGCUCUACGUUUUCGACCUCAUGCUCCAGCGUCGAGAAGUAUGGGUGAAACCCAAAUCGUUUGGUAGAUCCUUAACAAAUCCAUCCUAUGAGGCCUGAGGCUGCAAAAACUUUCCAAUUUCUAUUAAAGCAUAAAGAAAUAUCAUGAACCAACAGAGAACGGUCAAAAUGCGUAGCGAAUUUACAGUUUUUUUUGGUAAUUGAAAGUCUUUUGAGAGUCGAUUCAUUCCUAAUGUGGUCAUGGCCUCUAAAAAUAAUUGAACAUUACCAUUUUUUAUUGAGAAACCUUCCAAAAUUUCAACUUUCAGAACUAUCCUUUCACUGGAAAGGGGUACACAACCGCGGACUAUAACGAAUACGUUCAAGUAGUAAGUAUUUUCCAGGGUGAAAAGGGCAUAUUUUCCUUUCUUAGAUUGUACCAAACAUUCUACCAGCCAUGCCAACCGGAACCGCCGCCCGUUACUACAGGAAAGACUGA